CACUCCAACAAUUGAUAGAAGAUAGAUAGAUUAGAUAAGUAAAUAUAGGUUGCUUAAAAACAUUUGUCACGCGUUUCAAACAAAACUUGUAUACAAAAAAUGAAGCAAAACAGUUCUUAUAUCGAUUUAUUUUUAGUGGUGCUUUUGUGCCAUUCCGGCUGUUGUUUACCGGUAGAAUAUGGAGAUUUCAAUUUCGACUAUCUGCUAUUCGAUCAACACUGGCCAAUCACCGAGUGUUGGCACUGGAAAAGUCUGAAUACUUCAAACUCCUGUUCAUUACCCCAAGUUCAAAACGCCUUCUUUGUGCAUGGAUUGUGGCCUUCACAAAGUGGUACCAAAGGUCCGAAUAAUUGCAGCAAUCAGCCCAAAUUCGAUCGCAAAGCGUUGGACCCCAUUCUCAGCAGAUUGAAACAAAGGUGGGCGAAUAUACAUGGAGGAACAGAUGACUAUAGUUUUUGGUCUCACGAAUGGAAGAAACAUGGAACUUGCGCCCAAGUGUUGGAACCUUUCAACAGUGAAUUGAAGUAUUUUAAAGGAUCCUUGGAUCUGAAUGCUCUCUAUGACGUUUAUGGUGCUUUAGCUGAAUAUGGGAUCAAACCUGCAACCCAGUCGUAUGCUGUGGACGAUGUACUUAACGCUGUCAUGAAGAAAUUUGGAAAAGCUCCUCAGAUUUAUUGCCUGAUUAGUAAAGGUCAAGUUUUAUUGCAUUCAGUCAGGCUGUGUUUCGAUAGGAAUAUCAAACUCAUCGACUGUUCAUCUGUUGGUGUGAGUGCCAAGAAUUGUGGUGGAAAAAAGACUCUACAGUACUUGAACAAAAUUACCGUGGACUAGUUAUUGUAUGGUGUAUUUUGAAGGGGUUUUAUGAUUAGCAGAAUGAACUACUUGUUAUCUGAUCUAUUUAUAAAUUAAAAGCAAUAACAUUGAUAAUAAAAUGAGCUGUGGUCCAGAGAAUAUCCCAACUUAAAUGCUCAAGAAACAUAUAAGAUGUGUUUUUCAAACCUUUGUUGUAUAUCUAUAACUUAAUUUUGAAAACAAGAAAAUUCCUUGAAACAUG